AUGUUCAACGAUAUUUCUCCGUCACGGAAACCUUACUGUCGUUCUUACUUUUUUACCACGAUCAGUGAAAUAUAAUAUUAUCUUGCAGCAGUCUUUUUAUGUGACUGUGUAUCAUCAAGAUAUUCGGUUAUUUUCUAAAUUAAUAAAAAAAAAAACCUGAUAUAUUGCUGAUGAUUGUGCUCAAUAAGUGUGUUGGUGAAAAAUUGGGGAGUCCAUGAUAACAUAGAGUUAUUUAAUUUAUAACUUUAUGUAACGGUACAUUUUUGUUAAUAAAAUAUGAUUCUGAGUGAAAUUCGGUUAUACAUGUUUUGAAAUGCCGUACAUUUUACUAUUUUCUUCAAAAUUUAAACUUAAAAUAUUUAUAAAAAAAAAAACUACUGCAUAUAUAUAUAUAUAUAUAUAUUACUAAGUAAAAAAUGUAUGAUGGACCUAAUUUUAAAUUUUCAAAUAUUUCAGCUUAUCUAAAACAAUAUAAUUUUCAUAAAACUAAAAAUAAUAACCUAAAAAAUGUCAAAUCUCUAUAAAAAUAGCACACACCACGUUUGCAUUAUUUAAUAAUUUCAGGUUUCCACAAUUAUUUUUAAUCGAUUAUAACAUAAACAAAAAAAUCAAACAUAAUAAAACCGUAUUUGCCGUAUAAUUUUCCGUUUUUUUUUCUACUUUAUCCUCGACAAUUUUUCCGUUUUUCCGAAAAAAAUAUCUAAAAAUGACCUAUCCUCAUUGCGCAAAAUAGAUGUACAUAUUAUUCUUUCAGUAAAUAUGCUACACUUGAAAAUCUGAUCAAUAUUUUUAAUAGAAAAAUUAUUAUUAGAGAAAAAACCCAUUAUAGUAAAACGAACUCGCUGUUGGCAGAAUUUAAAAAAAAAAAAUAAACUGUUAAUACAACAGUCGUUUUUUAUUGUCAUCAGUAUCAUAGAAAUUAUCUCGUCACAAUCAUUAUCUUUUUGAGAAAAUGACAUUUCUGUUUAUUGUAAAGCUUAUCAGACUUACUAUAUUCUAUUUGGGGAAAUAUUAAGAUUAUUAAAAUAAUUGUCUUCUCGAGAUUCCCUUUUCACUACCCACCAUACGAAAUAUUCUCGAAAUGAGAAACUGAAACAACCAAUAAGCUUUUAAAUAAAAUACGUAGUAUGAAGUCGAUCAAUAAAAUAAAGCCGAAAACUACUAUCUGCCAAUGAAAUUAAUUUCAACGUUUGCGAUUUAAUAAAUAUUUAUAUUUAAUUAAAUUCGGUCACUCGAUGUUGCAAUAUGAUUUUAAAUAUUAUAAUUACCUGUACGCAUACGCAAUGUUAACUGUAAUAAGUUAUACAAUUAAUUUGUUAGUAUAUAAAAUAUGAUUUAUGUACAUUCGUAAUAAUUAUAUAGACUGGAUAAAUUAUGAAUAGGUACGAACAAAACAUAAAUGUCGGUGCAUUUGGUACAAUAAUAUUAUUUUUGUAUGAAAUUUAUACCUAAUGCAAUUGCACAUCUCGUCAGCCGGAAAUAACAUCAAUGUUUAUUUUUGUGAUACAGAGAAAAAAAAAGAAGCUUUAAAAAACUUAUAAUUUAAUACUAACGAAAUUUUUGCUCUAAAAUGAAUACAAUUGUAGGCACGAUAGUGUAAUAUACGUAUUUUCCGAGUACACAGAACAUUAAAACUCAAUAGACUAUUCAUUCUGAACAAUUUUACACACAAGAAAACAGUUUACAUUUACUUGUUAUCAAAUUUUCACUUUUACGAGUAAAAAAAAACAAUGAAAAUAGGUACUUAAAUAUUUUUAAAUAUUAAUGUAAAAUAGUUCAUUUGUUAAUGAACUUAAUUUUUGUUUUUAUAGAUUAGAAUAUAAGAUUGAUCUUAAAUAAAAAUGUCAAAUAGGUUAAUUAUGUUUAACCUCAUAUUCUUGUACUUUUCGUCUUUAUAUUAUGUUUUUAUUUAUUCUUAAGUGUCCAUGCUAUUUUGCUUAGAAAUAUUUUUAAUCAAUUAAAUUUUACCGUAGCCAAGUGUUGUGCUGCAAAAUGACCACGAACGAUAUUCUAUUGUUACGCAAGCGGUUGUAUAACUUAUAAAUUCAAAACUUAUCUUGUGUUUAACAUUAUUUGAUUAUUUGAGUUAAAAUGUAUUUAAAUCUAAUAUAGUUUUUGUUUUUAGCUGACGUUUACGACAACUUCAAGAAAUGCGUGAAACCAGAUGAGCUAAAUGUCACUACCAGAAUUUUGGGAGGUGGGUGGUUGGAACACGGUGACGAAUCCAUUCUCAUCGAAGGAGCAUCUGUUGUGAGUAAAAGUUUUAUUAUAAUUUAUUAUAAUAACGGUGUAGAAUACAUUAAUAACAGGUUAUACUAUCUGUUUAAAAUAUCGCAGUUUCAUAUAGUGGAAGAUUAAUUGAGUUUGUAUAAUUAUUUAUUUUGCAAAUGCCGAACAAAUUUAUAGUAAAUAAAGUUUAGAAAAAACCCAGGAUAUCCCGAGAGUUUUUCUAAAAACAUAUUUGAUACUGUUCUUAACAAACAGAAACAUAAGUUUUUACUUUUUAGACUACAAAUAUUAUUGAGUAAAUAAUAAUUGUAUAAAUAAAUACUUAAAUAAAAAAUAAAUUUAAUUUAGUUUAAAUCGUUAAGAAAGGUAUACAUUUAAACUUCUAAAUUAUUUUACGCAUACAAUUUCAUCUUUGAUGGUGAUAGACCAUCAAAGAAAGGACUUCAUACCAUUUGUUCCUAUUCACUUUUAAAUUGUUUAUAAAUAUGGUUGAUAAUAUCAUGUAUCUUAAAUAACCCACCUCUUGUAAUAGUUGUAAUUUAUUGAUAUACAUACUUAUAUAAAAUACUAUUUUAACUAGGUUAUGACAUAAAUAUAUCCUUAGGCAGAGUCCACGAAGAAUCACGAGAUUCAUGGCCAUUUACGACUGUUGAGCGCUUUUUACUGCAGUGAAGGAUAUGCAUUGCGUAAAAAUUACGGUAGUCGAGAAUUCGAGAUAACCCGGAUGAACAUCCCGUAA